UUGGUGGCCGCUGCAACACACUGAUUGGAAGGCCGCCCUCCACGCCAACUCGGCGGCUCACUUUGUGGAGCCAUGCGUCCUGAACAGGCUACCUUUUGGUACCGGCGGAUGUCUAUGGUCUACGCAAUCGGCGCCUGGUGGGUGCUGGGCUCGGUGAUUUUCCUUACACGGAACCAGAAGGAGCCAGGUUGUGGAGAAGAACAAAAGGAUGGCUGGAAGGAUGAAGCACCUCGUUCUACAUGCGAAGACGCUGACUUAGACAGGGAAAUAAGUGAGCCCCUUGAAGGGUCUUAUGUGCAGUCGUUUGUAAAGUCUCCAAACAAUUUUAUCUUAGUCACUCAGAGGAUCACGGACUAUCUGAAGUCAUGGACUGGUGGGCCUGGACCCCAGUCGUGAUCAACUGCUGAAUUCGGAAAACAAGGACUGCAAGUUUGAUAGAUGCCUUGAUUUUCAUUUUGUGUUUGUGGAAAGAAUGUAUUAAUUUGAUUUUAUAAAAUAUAACCAUUACUGUGCAACAGAUGAA